GCCGAAGCCCCGAGAGCGCGCCGCGACCGCGACCCGAGAGGAGUCUAGUGCAGUGCAGUGAAUUAUUAUUUUGUAAUUAAGGGCCCCAUGAAGCGGCUGUCAUGCGCAUAGCGGCACUGAUUGCACUUGUGCAGCUGUCGCUCGCUACAGCUUCCGAUGGCGAGACGCUCACAGCCGCCGAGCUGAACUACCAGCUCUCCGGCAACGCUCUCUCGCCCUUCUACGAGUCCUCGGAGGAGCACGGGGUGACUUUCAUCCGCGGCUCGCGAGCGGCCGACUCGCCCCAGGCGCCUGAUAUAGACGUGCAAUGCUCUGGAGACUUCAUAGAUGUCACUGUGGAGUUCGCUGAUGUCUACGAUGGAAUCAUUUAUAGUAAAGGGUUCUUGAAUGACCCUAAAUGCAAAUACGUGUCGCUGGGCGGCAGCCAGUCGCGCUACUCGUUCCGAGUGCCGCUGACCGGCUGCGGCUCGCGCCCGCUCUGCCACGCGUGCGGCACCAUCGACAACGUGCUCGUCUUCCAGGCUGAUGACUUCGUGCAGGGACCACUUGAUUUUGCCAGAAAGGUGUCAUGCGCGCGCACAUCAUACGAGCUGUCGACCGGGCAGCGCCAGGAGUCGCACACACUCAAGCUGAAGCCGUUUAUGGUGGACAUGCUGGACGUGGUGGCCGUGGAGGGCCCGGCUGGAGGCGUCGAGUGCUGGAUGGACAUACAGAAGGGCGUGUUCCCCAAUACGACCCCCCUGAAGGACUCCAUCAAGAUCGGCGAGUACCUGACGAUCCUGGUGUACCUGAAGGACGUGCGGAACCAGUUCAACCUGAAGAUCCACGACUGCUGGGCCUACGACGGCGAGGACUACGACAGCCCCAACACCAACAAGAUUCAGCUCACGGACAAGGAGGGGUGCCCCAAGAAGAGGAAGCUCAUAGACUUGUGGCAGAAGAGCACGAACACCGGCAAGAGCGGCGCCACCCUCAUCGCCUACAGCAGAGUCAGCGCCUUCCGCUUCCCGGAGACCGACCAGGUCUUCCUCACAUGCAACGUCGAGCUUUGCACGAGUAACUGCGAUGGAGACUGCAAAGGAAUCACGACCGAAAUAACAACACGCCAACCGCAAGUCAAGUGUUACCCCGGGUCUACCGACCCCAGGUGUCCCAAGGCCAUACCGCCUGCUCCCAAUUGUUACCCUGGAAGCACGGAUGCUAGGUGCCCUCAGAUACAGACCACACCGCCGCCGACUUACGUACCAACGACCGGUCGACCAAAUUGUUACCCAGGUUCAACCGACCCUAGGUGUCCGAGACCUACGACACCUUCACAACCCAACUGCUUCCCUGGCAGCAACGACCCUAGAUGUCCUAGACCCACUACUCCAUCAGCUCCUAACUGCUAUCCGGGAUCAACAGACCCCAGGUGUCCAAGGCCUACCACACCUUCGCAACCCAACUGCUUCCCAGGCAGCAACGACCCGAGGUGUCCAAGGCCUACUACGCCAGCGCCACCUAACUGUUUCCCCGGCUCUAACGACGCCAGGUGCCCCAAACCGAACACCACGCCGGCACAACCCAACUGUUACCCAGGAAGUCAAGAUCCUCGCUGCCCAGUGGAAACACCAAAGUGUUAUCCUGGCAGCACCAACCCAGCGUGCCCGAGAACGACGCAGCAACCUAACUGCUACCCAGGCAGCACUGAUCCUAGAUGCCCUAGGCCGACCACACCGGAGCCGAAGCCUGCGUGUUACCCUGGCUCGCCAGACCCCAACUGCCCUCAACCAACUCGUCCUUCAACAUUGGCGCCGCCGACGUAUUUACCACCGUCAACGACUGGGCAGCCCAAAUGUUAUCCUGGAAGUAAUGAUCCUCGUUGCCCGAGACCCACCACUCCAGCGCCCCCCAAUUGCUACCCAGGCUCUACGGACCCUCGUUGCCCGAUACCCACCACCCCCGCACCUACCACCACUGCUCGUCCCAUCUGCUACCCUGGAUCCACGGAUCCACGCUGCCCUAGGCCCACCACGCCCGCCCCUCCAAACUGUUACCCUGGAAGCACGGAUCCUCGAUGCCCUAAACCUACUACGCCCUCUCCACCAAACUGCUAUCCUGGAUCUACGGACCCUCGUUGCCCGAGACCGACGACUCCUGCACCUACAACUACUGCUCGCCCUAACUGCUACCCUGGGUCUACUGACCCCCGUUGCCCACGUCCUACAACUCCAGCCCCCACAAUAACAAGAAAGCCGGUUUGCUAUCCUGGAUCCCCCGACCCUAACUGCACUCAACCACCAAGACCUACUACUUCGUCACCACCAACUUAUUUACCACCCUCAACUACUGGUCAGCCAAAAUGCUACCCUGGAAGCGACGAUCCUCGAUGCCCGAGACCAACCACCCCCGCACCUACCACCACUGCUCGUCCUAAUUGCUACCCCGGGUCUACUGACCCACGUUGCCCACGACCAACAACUCCUGCUCCACCAAACUGUUAUCCUGGAAAUACGGAUCCGCGCUGUCCGAGGCCUACUACCCCUGUGCCUACCACCACUGCCCGGCCUAACUGCUAUCCGGGAAGCACAGAUCCUCGAUGCCCAAGGCCUACUACCCCAGCCCCACCAAACUGUUACCCAGGAAACACAGACCCACGGUGUCCAAGACCUACUACCCCCACUCCCACCACGCCAAGGAAACCUGUGUGCUACCCUGGAUCCCCCGACCCUAACUGCCCUCAACCACCAAGACCUACGACUUCUUCACCGCCAACUUACUUACCACCCUCAACGACUGGACAGCCAAAGUGCUACCCUGGAAGUAACGAUCCUCGCUGCCCCAGACCAACUACUCCUGCCCCACCUAAUUGUUAUCCUGGAUCAAGUGAUCCUCGUUGCCCCAAACCUACCACACCUGCCCCACCUAAUUGCUACCCUGGAUCAAGUGAUCCUCGUUGCCCCAAACCUACCACGCCUGCCCUACCUAAUUGCUACCCGGGAUCAAGUGAUCCUCGUUGCCCCAAACCUACCACACCUGCUCCACCUAAUUGCUAUCCUGGAUCCACAGAUCCACGUUGCCCAAGGCCCACCACCCCAGCGCCUCCUAAUUGCUACCCUGGAUCCACGGACCCACGUUGUCCGCGACCAACGACCCCAGCGCCCCCUAACUGCUACCCUGGAAGCACGGAUCCUCGAUGCCCACGACCCACUACACCAGCUCCCACCACGCCGAGAAAACCUGUGUGCUACCCUGGAUCCCCUGACCCUAACUGCCCUCAACCGACUCGACCUUCCACGCUGUCGCCACCGACAUAUUUACCGCCAUCGACUACUGGUCAACCCAAAUGCUACCCGGGCAGUAACGACCCACGGUGCCCGCGACCGACUACUCCUGCCCCUCCCAACUGUUAUCCUGGAUCUACGGAUCCUCGUUGCCCAAGACCAACGACCCCUACACCUACAACCACCGCCCGUCCUAACUGCUACCCCGGAUCCACGGAUCCACGUUGCCCAAAACCUACCACGCCCGCCCCACCAAACUGUUAUCCUGGAUCUACUGAUCCCCGCUGCCCGAAACCAACUACUCAGGCUCCACCUAACUGCUACCCAGGGUCCACAGACCCGCGUUGCCCGAGACCCACUACGCCAGCACCGCCUAAUUGUUACCCUGGAAGCACCGACCCCCGAUGCCCUAAGCCUACUACACAAAAACCAGUGUGCUACCCGGGAUCCCCCGACCCCAACUGUCCACAGCCCCCAAGACCAACUACUUCAUCGCCGCCAACUUACUUGCCUCCAUCCACCACUGCACAGCCUAAAUGCUAUCCUGGAAGCAAUGACCCACGAUGCCCGAGGCCUACUACGCCAGCACCCCCUAACUGCUAUCCCGGAUCGACCGAUCCCCGUUGUCCGAGACCCACUACCCCUGCUCCUACCACCACUGCCCGGCCUAAUUGCUACCCCGGAUCCACAGAUCCACGAUGCCCAAGGCCUACUACCCCAGCCCCACCAAACUGUUACCCUGGAAACACAGACCCACGUUGUCCAAGACCCACCACCCCCGCUCCUACCACCACUGCUCGUCCUAACUGCUACCCCGGAUCCACAGAUCCACGCUGUCCAAGACCGACCACACCAGCGCCCCCUAAUUGCUACCCUGGAAGCACAGACCCUAGAUGUCCAAAACCGACCACCCAAAAACCUGUGUGCUACCCUGGAUCCCCUGAUCCCAGCUGCCCGCAACCUACGAGACCAACUACGCUGUCACCACCUACUUACUUGCCCCCAUCAACAACCGGACAGCCCAAAUGCUAUCCUGGAAGUAAUGACCCUCGUUGUCCCAAACCGACCACACCAGCACCACCUAACUGCUACCCCGGAAACAAUGACCCAAGGUGCCCCAGACCCACCACCCCAGCGCCUCCUAACUGUUAUCCUGGAUCCACGGACCCUCGUUGUCCAAGGCCCACAACUCCUGCCCCACCAAACUGCUACCCAGGAUCAACUGAUCCCCGCUGCCCCAAACCUACCACUCCUGCCCCACCAAAAUGUUACCCUGGGUCCACAGAUCCACGUUGUCCAAGACCGACUACUCCUGCUCCACCAAAUUGCUUCCCAGGAUCAACUGAUCCUCGCUGCCCCAAACCCACUACUCCCGCUCCACCAAACUGUUACCCUGGAAACACGGAUCCACGUUGUCCAAGGACUACUCCCGUGCCUCCAACUACUGCCCAACCCAAUUGUUAUCCUGGAUCUACAGAUCCACGAUGCCCAAGACCCACCACUCCUGCCCCACCAAACUGCUACCCCGGAUCAACAGAUCCACGUUGUCCAAAACCGACUUCUCCUAAACCUGUUUGCUACCCUGGCUCUCCCGAUCCUAACUGCCCACAGCCACCCAGACCCACUACCCUAACUCCUCCGACUUACUUACCUCCUGAACCGGAGAAGCCAAAGUGUUUCCCUGGUUUCACUGAUGCGAAAUGCCCCAGACCUUCGACGCCGGCACCUCCGAAUUGUUACCCUGGCUCUACUGACCCUCGUUGCCCAAGGCCAACCACUCCUGCACAACCUAGAUGUUAUCCUGGAAGCACAGAUCCGCGAUGCCCUAAACCUACUACUCCUGCCAGACCUAAUUGCUACCCUGGCUCUACAGAUCCUCGUUGCCCGAGACCCACUACCCCCGCGCCUACAACUACCGCUCGCCCUAAUUGCUACCCGGGAUCCACAGAUCCACGGUGCCCAAGGCCUACUACUCCAGCCCCACCGAACUGCUACCCUGGAAGCACAGAUCCUCGUUGCCCUAAACCUACUACACAAAAACCAGUGUGCUAUCCCGGAUCCCCUGAUCCUAACUGCCCUCAACCACCAAGACCCACCACAUCUUCACCUCCCACUUAUUUACCUCCAUCGACCACCGGACAGCCUAAAUGCUAUCCAGGAAGUAACGAUCCUAGGUGCCCAAGACCAACAACCCCAGCACCGCCUAACUGCUAUCCUGGAUCCACGGAUCCCCGUUGUCCACGACCUACUACUCCUGUUCCGACAACUACUGCUCGUCCCAACUGUUAUCCAGGAAGUAAUGAUCCUAGGUGCCCUAAGCCUACUACCCAGGCUCCACCGAAUUGCUACCCAGGAAGUAAUGACCCUAGGUGCCCAAAACCAACUACCCCUGCUCCUCCCAGAUGCUUCCCUGGAAGCAACGACCCUCGCUGCCCUAAACCAACCACUCCGGCCCCUCCGAAUUGCUACCCUGGCAACAGGGAUCCUCGUUGCCCCCAAACGACUCCUAAACCCGCUUGUUAUCCAGGCUCUCCUGACCCCAACUGCCCUCAACCACCAAGACCUACCACUUUAACCCCGCCGACAUACCUUCCACCUUCAACUGCGGGUCCAAAAUGCUACCCAGGUUCUAAUGAUCCACGUUGUCCAAGACCCACAACGCCAGAACCUCCUAAAUGUUAUCCCGGAUCAAAUGAUCCUCGCUGCCCGAAGCCAACAACCCCGGCCGCGCCCAACUGUUACCCUGGGAGCACAGAUCCAAGAUGCCCAAAGCCCACAACUCCGGCUCCUCUCAAGUGUUUCCCCGGAUCAACCGACCCUCGUUGCCCAAAACCAACUACUCCAGCCCCACCGAACUGUUAUCCCGGAUCAACCGACCCUCGUUGCCCAAAACCAACUACUCCAGCCCCACCGAACUGUUAUCCCGGAUCAACCGAUCCCCGUUGUCCAAAACCAACUACUCCAGCCCCACCGAACUGUUAUCCCGGAUCAACCGAUCCCCGUUGUCCAAAACCAACUACUCCAGCCCCACCGAACUGUUAUCCCGGAUCAACCGAUCCCCGUUGUCCAAAACCCACUACCCCAGCGCCUACAACCACUGCUCGUCCUAAUUGCUACCCCGGCUCCACGGAUCCACGGUGCCCAAGGCCUACUACUCCGGCGCCACUGAACUGCUACCCUGGAAGCACAGAUCCUAGGUGCCCCAGACCUACAGCGCCUCCUCAAAUCAAAUGUUACCCAGGAUCAACCGAUCCUAGAUGUCCAAAACCAACAACUCCUAAGCCUGUUUGUUACCCCGGCUCUCCAGACCCUAGCUGCCCACAACCUCCAAGACCCACUACUUUGACGCCGCCUACCUACCUGCCACCUUCCACUCAAGCUCCUAGGUGUUAUCCGGGCUCAAAUGAUCUUAGAUGCCCGAAGCCCACUACCCAAGCUCCACCAAACUGCUACCCAGGAUCUACUGACCCUAGAUGUCCUAAACCAACCACCCAGGCACCUCCCAACUGCUACCCAGGGAAUAAUGAUCCUAGGUGUCCUAAACCCACUCCACCACCAACGACUCAAGCUCCUAGAUGUUACCCUGGCUCAAAUGACCCUCGAUGCCCUAAACCUACUACUCAGGCUCCUCCUAACUGUUACCCUGGCAGUAACGACCCCAGAUGCCCAAGACCCACCACACAGGCCCCUCCCAACUGUUAUCCUGGUAGUAAUGACCCCAGAUGUCCAAGGCCCACGACACAAGCCCCUCCCAACUGCUACCCGGGGAAUAAUGACCCUAGGUGUCCUAAACCCACUCCACCACCAACCACUCAAGCCCCCAGAUGUUACCCAGGCAGCCAAGACCCUAGAUGCCCUAAACCUACUACCCCUGCCCCUCCUAAUUGUUACCCUGGAUCCACUGAUCCUAGGUGCCCUAAGCCAACCACCCAGGCACCUCCCAACUGUUACCCAGGAAAUAAUGACCCUAGGUGUCCUAAGCCCACUCCACCACCAACUACUCAAGCCCCAAGAUGUUACCCAGGCAGCCAAGACCCUAGAUGCCCUAAACCUACCACCCCCGCCCCUCCUAAUUGCUUCCCUGGAUCCACUGAUCCUAGGUGCCCUAAGCCUACAACUCAAGCACAACCAAGGUGUUAUCCCGGCAGCAAUGAUCCUAGGUGUCCUAAGCCCACAACACCUAAACCUGUCUGCUAUCCAGGUUCUCCCGAUCCGAACUGCCCUCAACCACCUCGGACCACAACGGUUGGACCCACGUACUUACCACCUUCUACUCAAGGACCUAGAUGCUACCCCGGGUCUAACGACCCUAGGUGCCCUAAACCGACUACACAAGCACCACCUAAUUGCUAUCCAGGAAGCACAGAUCCUAGAUGCCCUAAACCCACUACGCAGGCCCCGCCUAACUGCUACCCAGGAAAUAAUGACCCUAGGUGCCCUAAGCCUACUACCCAGGCACCCCCUAAUUGCUAUCCAGGAAGCACAGAUCCUAGAUGCCCUAAGCCAACAACUUUAGCACCAACGACUCAAGCUCCUAGCUGUUACCCAGGCUCAAAUGACCCACGAUGCCCUAAACCUACUACUCAGGCUCCUCCUAACUGUUAUCCUGGUAGUAACGACCCCAGAUGCCCAAGGCCCACGACACAGGCUCCUCCCAAUUGCUACCCAGGGAAUAAUGACCCUAGAUGUCCUAAACCCACUCCUCCACCAACGACUCAAGCUCCUAGAUGUUAUCCUGGCUCAAAUGACCCACGAUGCCCUAAACCCACUACCCAAGCGCCACCCAAUUGCUACCCCGGCAGUAAUGACCCUAGGUGUCCUAGGCCUACUCCACCACCAACCACUCAAGCCCCGAGAUGUUACCCUGGCUCAAAUGACCCACGAUGCCCAAAGCCAACCACCCAGGCACCUCCCAACUGCUACCCUGGCAGUAAUGACCCUAGGUGCCCCCGCCCCACGCCCCCGCCGACCACAAGAAAACCCGCCUGCUACCCUGGCUCUCCCGACCCUAGCUGCCCUCAACCACCAAGACCUACAACAUUAACUCCUCCUACUUAUCUGCCACCUUCCACGCAAGGUCCAAGAUGUUACCCUGGCUCAAAUGACCCACGAUGCCCUAAACCUACUACUCAGGCCCCACCCAACUGCUACCCAGGAAAUAAUGACCCUAGGUGUCCUAAACCCACUCCACCACCAACAACUCAAGCUCCUAGAUGUUACCCAGGCUCAAAUGACCCCAGAUGCCCUAAGCCUACUACAUUAGCACCAACUACCCAACCUGCUCCCAGAUGCUACCCAGGCAGCCAAGACCCUAGGUGCCCUAAGCCCACUACCCAGGCCCCACCCAACUGCUACCCUGGAAGCACGGACCCCAGAUGCCCUCGUCCUACUACUCAGGCCCCACCUAAUUGCUACCCUGGAAGCACGGACCCUAGAUGCCCCAAGCCUACCACCUUAGCACCAACAACCCAACCUGCACCUAGAUGCUAUCCAGGCAGCCAAGAUCCUAGAUGCCCUAAACCUACGACACCAAAACCCGUGUGCUAUCCCGGGUCCCCCGAUCCUAACUGCCCACAACCUCCGAGACCUACCACUUUAACGCCGCCUACUUACCUGCCACCUUCCACCCAAGGCCCUAGGUGUUACCCUGGCUCCAACGACCCUAGGUGUCCUAAGCCCACCACCCAAGCUCCGCCGAACUGCUAUCCAGGUAGCACAGACCCUAGAUGCCCGAGACCCACCACUCAGGCACCUCCGAGGUGUUACCCUGGCAGCACAGAUCCUCGCUGUCCCAGACCUACCACCCCCGCACCGACCACCCCCGCCCCUACAACCCCCGCCCCGCCCAGGUGUUACCCCGGCAGCCAAGACCCUAGGUGCCCUAAGCCUACUACACAAAGGCCACGUUGUUACCCUGGUUCCCCCGACCCUAACUGUCCCCAACCUCCACGACCCACGACAGUGAGUCCUCCGACUUACUUGCCACCUUCCACGCAAGGGCCGAGAUGCUACCCGGGAUCAACCGAUCCGCGAUGCCCCAAACCGACCACCCAAGCUCCCCCCAACUGCUACCCUGGAAGCACCGAUCCUCGUUGUCCCCAACCGACCACCCAAGGUCGUCCGCGAUGCUACCCAGGCAGUACAGACCCUCGCUGCCCGAAGCCUACAGAACCCACAACCCAGGGCCCGAGGUGCUACCCCGGUUCUCAAGACCCUAGAUGCCCGCAACCUACGACCCCCAGCUCUUGCUACCCAGGGUCGAAAGACCCGAGAUGCCCGCAGCCCUUCAGACCCAGUAGCACCAACCCCCCGUCGACUUACCUCCCGCCUUUCCCCAGCGAAAACGAAAUCAAGGGCGGAAGAACUGCCAAAAAUAUAGAUUACGACGACGAAGCUCAGGCUGCUAUAGAUAACUUCCAGUUCACGCGGACGAAGCCUCUGUCGCGAAAGGCCCGUGACGUCGGCGGCGUGGCGGAGGCCGCCGCGCAGGCCGGCAACAGCUCCGCGGUCAUCUACGUCACCGUGGGCUCGGCGCUGCUCAUGCUGCUGUCCGCCACGCUGGCGGUGUAUGUGUACAGGCAUAACAAGAAACCAGCCGCGCAGAGCACUUGCUAAAUAACUGCUUGUCCUGACUGAACUAACAAUAUUAUUGUAUUUUCUGUCCUUCGGCCGAAACGCGUCAAAUUCUCGAACGAAGUUACCGCUACCUCCGUCGAACAGAAAAAUAGUGCACCAUAGCCAGUAAUAAGAUCACAUGUUUGUAAACCUAGGCUCUGCCGCGGCCGACUAUUACAUGUGACCUGAGACAUUUCUUACUUUACUGUUAAUGGCCUUGGUAUAUAAUAUAAGGAUAAAUACAUAAGUAAAUGGUAUUAUGUUUUAAAUAUUAUAUUGGUACCUUUUUGUUUUUGUCACUAUAGCAGUGCAUUUGUCAAUUCAGUCAGGACUGUUAAGAGUAAUCAUGGGACAUUGUGAUACUAGUAAGAUUUUUUUUAUAUUUGUAAUAUUUUUAAUGCAAAUGGCUGCUUUUGCGUUAUUAUUUGUAUUAGUAUCUACCACUGCCGUAUAUUAAGCUAAAGUCAUAAUACUCGGAUGCCUAUUUUAUUUCUUAUAAAAUAGUGCCAUAAAAACUCCGUUCUGAUCGCAUCCUCAGAAAAUAUGUACAUAAAUAUAUCAAUGUUUAUUUAUUUGCCCUAGUCAAGAUAUAUGUACUUUUAUUUUGAAACCUUCAAAUUUCAAGCUUGAUUUUGUGAUAUUUACAUAUUUGUAAAUAAUGAAUAUAUGCCAGUAUUUGUUUGUGGCCAUUCGAUGUAAACAUAUGUAUUUUAGUUAUAUUUUGUAGUCUGUCAAACAAGUUGACUAGCCCAGUUAUGUACAAAAACAGUUAUGCAGUCGGCGGCAAUUAUUCCUGCUCGGGCGUAGUGCUCAAGAAGGCCUACACAAGCUCGGAGGUAGUUGAGUCGUGUUGAGAUCGUCUCGGGCGCUGCGGCUGCGGCUGCGGCUGCUGGCUGCACAAAGAGUUGUAAGAAAUGUAAAAAUGAGUUGUUUAAUUUAAGGAGACCGCUUUUGUACAUUUCAGGCGUUUUUAAGAUUUGAUGUUUUGUAUCAAAUAAAACAUUCUAUGAAUGUAAAUUUAUAAA